CUUUUCUCUCUAUACAAUAGGAAUCAGUUGUUGCAUAAGAAAUUGACUGGAGAGGGUGUCAAAGAUUUUAUUUGGUAGCGUGCCAUCAACACUUCUGCAGGUUUUUCUAGUGUUAGACAGAAUGUUGCGGCUGAUGCAGGAAAAUUGACAGGUCGCGUGUUUGCUCCCCACUCAGUAUUUAAAGGCAAAGCAGCACUUUCUGCUGAACCUAGGAUGCCCACAUUUAAUAAACUGGAAUCUGGAGGUGUUAAACUCAAUCGUCGUGGUGUCAUUAUGUUGACAUUCUGGCCAUCUAUUGGUGAGCGCAAAUAUGACUGGGAAAGGAGGCAGUUGUUUGCUUUAUCAGCAACAGAGGUUGGAUCAUUGAUAAGUAUGGGGAACAGAGAUUCUUGUGAAUUCUUUCAUGAUCCUUCAAUGCUGUCAAGUAAUGCUGGUCAAGUUAGAAAGAGCUUGUCAAUUAAGCCAAAUGCUGAUGGCAGUGGUUAUUUCGUUUUGUUGAGUGUCGUCAACAAUAAUCUCAAAACCAAUGAUCGGUUUACUGUUCCUGUUACUACUGCUGAGUUUGCUGUUAUGCGAACGACUUUCAGUUUUGCAUUGCCUCACAUUAUGGGAUGGGAUCGCUUCACUAAUCGGCCUUCAGAAAGCUUCUCUCAAAGUCCCACAAAAGUGGUUCCACAGCUUAUGGAGGAGGAGUGGGAUAGAUGAGCGACUAUGUUUAUUGUGUAGUACUAGUCUCAUUCCAAGAUGAGCUAUCUUCUCCUUUUAGAUUCUAUCAAAAGAGAAAAUGUCGGAGAGAAUAACCACCUGAUCAUAUAUGUAUUAGCUAACUUUUCAGAAAGACUCAAAACAUAUUGGUUGUGAAAGGAACUUGUUUGCCUUGUU